AUGGCCGAAUCUACACCUCCGCCAGAGUUGAAGCUCAGGAUCCUGCUCCCAGCCUGCUUGCGGACCAAGAUCGAGUUUGUUGAGACCCAUCACACAUUGCAGGAAACCAUCUCUGAUGUCAAGGAAGCUUUAGCAGCCACUUCAGUGUUGAACAGUUUGACCAACUACUCGCUUGUGUACCAAGGUGUCAGAAUCACUGAUAACUUCGAUGAUUUUUCUACCUUGGGUGAUGCAUUAGGCGAGGUUUCCGGUGAUGUGAAGCUUGAAUUGGUCGAAAGACCAUACACUUUGAAGGAUGUUUAUGAGCACUUGGUUCGCUUCAGAGAGAACAUUGGCAUGAACUUCUUUGACCACGCUGCCCGCUCCGAGGGUGUUGCUGCUGGAGGUUCUAAGUUGAACUCUUUGGGUUUGAGGAACAUUGAAGCCACUUCUGCAUCCGAAGAUGGCGAAGAAUCCGACGAAAAGAAGGAGGAAGAGAAGAAGGAUGACAAGGAACAGAAGGAGAAGACUCCAGAAAUUGCUGAUGAAGAUAAGUCGGCCAUCAGGGAUGUCGCCAAGGUGCUCAUUGAGCCUUCUUCCUUGAAUUUGGUAGCCCACGCUUCCGCAGACUCUGUCUUGUCCACUUGGAAGCUUCCCAUCAAGUUGCUUUCCUUGUCGCAAUGGAACCCAGUUCCUCAGCAGCAACGUCUCAAGGGUGACUUGUUGUACCUUACGUUGACCACCUUGGAAAGUGAGACCUUCUCCAUCACUUGUCAUGCUUCAGGUUUUUUCGUCAGCAGAUUAUCCAACGCUUAUUUCAACCCAGCUCUCAAGAUCAACGAGAAGGGUGUCUUCCAUCGCGAGUACUUGUUGUUAAACUUGGUAAGUGAGUUAUCUGCUCAAUUCUCUGCUACCAUUGAGAGUAACAAGCAAGCUUUGGCCAACCACUCUCAGUUUUCGGAGUCCUACUUGAUUCCUUCUCAGGCUCCAGCAUCUUACCCAUGGUUGGUUUCUGAGCAGGAACUCAAAGAACAGACUGUUCCCGAUAUUUCCAGAUCGCAGGUUCCAUUGCUUUCGAACGGUGUGGAUGGUGCAGAGUUAGUCAAAGACUGGAACGAUGAGUUUCAAGGAAUCAAGGAGUUCCCUCGUGAAUCUUUCAACGAGAGAUUGCUUCGUGACAAGUUGCUCAACAAGUACAUCCAGGAGUUCAACCAGACCGCUGUUUCCACUGCCGUUGACAUCCUUAAGGGUAACUUAGUUCCUUUGAACCCAGCAGAGUCUCGCGAUAAGCAUAUUUUCUUGAGAAACAACAUCUUCUACAGUUUCGGUGUCAAUGCCACGGGCGCACACGACAACACUGGAGGAGAUGAGGCUGCUCGUUACUGUUUUGCUAAGGACUUGGCUACCGUCAAGCUUUUAAACAGAGUGGAUGUUUCCGGUGUGUUCAACUUGCUCACAUGUAUCGUUGACUACUUGGGCGAACGUAUAAUCUGUCAAGCUCCAGUUCCAGGUGUGUUCUCAGACUCGACUGACGAGAAUGGUGAGCCAAUCGAUAAGGUUGCCUACGGAUACUCUUUGGAGGCUAACCAGAUCAAGUCAUCUGCUGAAUUUGAUGAGGUGUUGAAGCCAUUCGCUGAGGCUUUCUACUUGAAAAAACACAACGUGAAGUUGGCUGACGGUGCAUCUGGAAAUGACUUGGUUGUAUCUAAGGAUACCAAGGGUAUUAUUGGCACUGAUAACAGAAAGUACAUCAUCGAUUUGUACAGAUCCACCCCUCUUGAUAUUGAGUUUUUGGAUGCUCAUUACAACGGUUCUGAGACCUCAUACCCACACAAAGAAGCUUCGGUUAGACACGAGGCAGUUGCCGAAUGGUACAAGCGCAAGGCUGCUGCUAUCUUUAAGGUGGAGACUGAGCGUAUGGAGAAGGAAGGAGAAUUUGACAAGGAAGAAAAACCCCAAGUUGCCAUUCCCCAUGAUCAGAUUACCUUGAACCCAGAUGCCUUCACCGGAGUUGAAGAUUCUGAGGAAGAUAAGAAUUCUGUAAGGGAGGUGUCUAAGUUCGUCAGAGAGCACUUGAUUCCAGAGUUUUUGGAUGACGUGGCCAAGAAUGCUGUUCCAUUCGACGGUGCUCAGUUGAGUGAUUACUUACACAAGAUCGGUAUCAACUUGAGAUAUUUGGGAGAAAUUGCCUCUGCAUCAUUGACCAAACUCGAGCAACACAAUGCUGAACUUGCCGACAUCAUUAAGGCUAACGAGAACUUGAUUGCCCAAAGAGCUUCGGAAGAGAAGGCCAGGAAGGAAGCUGGUGAGGAAAAGAAGGAAGAGGAGAAUAAGAAGGACGACAAGGACGACAAAGAACCUUCUGCUGCCAAAUUGGUGCCAGUUGUUGCUAACAUGAACGCUUUGCACAGACUUGCUGUUCAGGAGAUGAUUGCUAGAGCUUCCAAGCACGUCUUGCGUAAGGAGGGCCAGGCUGUUCCAGCUCUCUUGAAGCCAUACUUUGUUGCUCACUUCCACAACUGUUUGUUAGGAAGCGCUGUCAACGAGGUUCCAGAGGUUAUUGUGGAUGAGGCUAUCAAGCCAUUGUUCUCUGAGAAGGAAUUGGAAUUCUCCAAGAUCACUCCAGCAAACAUUGCUGACUUGGUGUCCAAGGAAGUUUACAUUCGUUACAGAUACACUUUGCCUACUGACUGGGUCAGCAACAUUAAGCCAUUGCCAUUGCUCAGAGAGAUCGCUCUCAAGUUCGGUAUUCAGUGGAGAGCUCAGGAGUAUUAUUUUACCAAGGAAGAGUUUGAUGCUGCUCAGCAGAAGGUUGACACCGAUGCCAAAGAGCCUGUGGUUGAAACUUCUCAUAAGAAGAAGGGCAAGAAGAAGCAACAGCCUGUGGCUGCUGAGUCUGCAAAGAAGACUACUGUGUUUGUCGCCGAUGACAUCAUCAAUUUUGUUCCUGUGGUCAGAGAUUCGACCUUCAGAUGUUCUUUUGUCGAUGAGAUCUUCGAGACUGCUAGACACCAGAUCAAAAAUGGUGAGAAAGAUGUCGGUUUGGCUCUCUUGUCCGAAUUGGUUUCUUUCUACCAGCAGAUCUAUGGUAGUGUGCACCUUGAAACCACUGCUUUCUACUCCACUUUGGCCCAGAUCUAUACAGAGUGCAACAUGAAUGUUGAAGCUUCCAUUGUUGCUCGCAAGGCUGCCAUUUUGUAUGAGAGACUCACCGGUGUCGACAGCUACGAAACCAUCAACUCGUACUCAAAGGCCUCUUUUUACGACAGCAUGAACAAAGACCACUUGAGUGCCAUCAAGUUGAACACCAGAGCUUUCGAGAACUGGAGCGUCGUGUAUGGAGAGGACCACCCCAACACCGUUAACACCUUGUCUAACUUCGGUAACAUCUUGCAAGAGUUGAACCUCAUUGGGGAUGCUAAGAAGUUCUUUGAGAAGGCCAUCGAAAUUUCCGUUGCUUUGAAUGGAGAAGUGUGCGAUAUCACUGGUAUUAUCAGGCAUCGUUACGGUGUUUCUCUCGUCCAAGCUGAGAACUAUAAGGGAGCUUUGGAGCAAUUCAACAAGGCAACUGACAUCUUCAACAAGGUUGUAGGCCCAGACGAUGUGAUCACCAAAGAAUGUGCAACUUUCGCUUCCAACAUCUCCGGAUACUUGGCUUACAGUGAGCACCAGCUUGCUGAAAAGAAGAAACAGUUGGCUCAGCAAGCCAAAAACGCUAAGAGUGCUUCCAAGGCCGCUCCUAAGGCUGCACCUGCCCAGACUAAGGGAAAGAAGGGUAAGAAGCAGAAUGUUGACCCAGAUAUUGCUUCAAAAUCCGUGGAUGAGAUUUUGAGCUUCAUUGAGGGAAAGCUGUCUAGCAAGAAAAAGAACAAAAAAUAG